AUGAGGUCCUUUCUUCUUCUUACUGCAGCUCUGUUGAGCCACUUAAGUUUUGCCAACGGCCAAUUGGUGUGCGAUGAAGCUACCGGAUGUUUGGAUUGCAUCACCAGCGGCUGUGGAUAUACCGAAGAAUCUACGUGCGUGGAUUCCUGUAUCACCGUGGCGGCCGAUAAGAGUUGCUUCAGUGCAGCCAACUACAUUGGAUUGACAGCUCCCGAUAUUUGUGCCAUUGCCGGGGCUGCCGGAGACCUAAUUGUCGAUACUGGAAGUACUGGAAAUACUGACACUGACACUGAUAUGGACGAGACCAGCAGUGUACUACCUGAAGAACCAACGACUCCCACGCCACCCGGACCAGCUGCACCCGGCACACCCGAUCUACCGCCCUUGGUCUACUGCGACGGAUUCCAAAAUUUGGGAGAAGGCGAAACAGCCGAUUGCUUCGACUGUCUCACCGCCGGAUGUGCCAUGAUUGGAACCGGCGCUUGUCUUUUAAAUUGUCGCAGUGCUCCGGACGAUGGUGCCUGUUGGGCCAUGGCCAAUUAUCCCGAUUCGACCCGCGUCGAAGUCUGUUCCAUUUACGAUACGCAAACCACGCCCAAUGAAAUUGUGUUGGAAGCGUCCUGUCCGGGAUACGAAAAUAAUCAAGGACCUGUUGACUGCGAGGCGUGCCUGAGUGCCGGAUGUGUCAUUGGAGUCGACAAUGUCUGUGUCAGUGAUUGUCAAUACACUCCCGCCGAUGCCAGUUGCUGGACGACCGAGGCAUUUGUCGGAUACAAUGUGUCUGAAAUUUGUACCCGCAAAGCCAUUGACGAACAGGAUGCCAUUAUUUGUGCCGAACCCACGGAUUGUGGUACCUGCACUACUACGGAAAAAUUGGAAGGACAACCCUGUGCUUGGUACGGUACUUAUUGUGGCGCGGGAGGAUGUGAUUCGGCGGGAAAUUGUCCCGAACAAUGUGAAGGGGUCGUCGCAUGCCCCUUGGAUAUAUUGACUUGUCCCGAUGGAAGUACCGUCGUGCGAGAAGGACCCAGUUGUGAUUUCCCAGCUUGUCCAACACCAGAACCGCAGUCAGAGCCAGAGGAGCCAGCAGAAGAGCCAGAGGAGGUAGAAGAGCCAGAGGAGGUAGAGGAACCUGAGCCUGUAGAGGAAGAGCCAGAGGAACCAGAGCCUGAAGAGGAAGAGCCCGUAGAGGAAGAGCCAGAGGAACCGGCAGAGGAAGAGCCAGAGGAACCGGCAGAGGAAGAACCUGUAGAGGAAGAACCUGUAGAGGAAGAGCCUGUAGAGGAAGAGCCAGAGCCAGAGGAGCCUGUAGAGGAAGAACCUGAGCCGGAAGAGGAAGACGGUGAAGUAGAAUUUGUCAUUGGGGGCAGCGCUUCCAUUCAGGGAGGAGAAAUUGCACCGGAGCCAGCACCCGAAACACCCACGGAUGUCGAUCCCGUUCAAACUGCAGAGGAACCGGCGGUGGUACCCGAAGAGGAUGGUGGUGACAUGGUACCUGAAGAUGAUGGUGCCAUGAUGACACAUGAUGCCAACAAUGCAACAGCAAUGGAUGAUCAUCCCUGCACUGGAUUCCCCGAAUGUGAACCAUGUCUCAAUAGCCGAAUCGACUGUGCCUGGAUUGCGGGUGGAUGUUAUGCUCCCAGUGCCUGCCAGGUCAUUCAGGAUGAAACCUGUUAUCAUCCGUCAGAGUUCUUGAACAUGACCGGGCCGGAAAUCUGUAGCAUGGCUGCCGACGUCGGAACUGAAGUGGCAGCCGUCGAACGAACCAUCGACGCCGAAGAAGACCGGGACGUUAGCAACUUGCGAAAUUCAGGAGCUAUGGCAGCUGCACAAACAAGCAUGGUCAGUGGUGUCCUCUUGGCGCUCAGUAUGCUCUUGCUGUAG